CGAGGAAGAAGCGGCUGAGAAACAAAAACUUCUCUUUCCGCUGUCCUGCCCGUUUCUGCAGCCUUGUUCCGAGGCCGAGGAGCCUUUGUUGGAAGAGAUGGUGAUGGGCCUGGGCCCGCUGUUGUUGGUCUUCGUGCUGGGUCUGGGUCUGACCCCACUGACCCUGGCUCAGGGUGACUUCAGGUACAGAGAUUUCCUGACCAAGCACUAUGAUGCCAAACCAACGGGCCGGAAUGACAGAUACUGUGACAGCAUGAUGGUGAGACGAGGCCUGACCACACCCUGCAAAGACACCAACACCUUUAUUCAUGGCAAGAAGACAAGCAUCAAGGCCAUCUGUGGAGAUAAGAAUGGAGAGACUUAUAAUGGAAAUUUGAGAAUAAGCAAGACUCCUUUCCAGGUCACCACUUGCAAGCAUGUAGGAGGGUCCCCCCGGCCUCCAUGCCGGUACAGAGCCACACCAGGGUACAGAAACAUUGUUGUGGCCUGUGAAAAUGGCUUGCCUGUCCACUUUGACGAGUCCUUUUUUCGUCCAUAACUUGCACGACACUGCCCAGAGCUGGCUCUGCUCUCCUUUCCUUGCCGUUUCCCUUCCCCACCCCAGAACAGUGGCGGCAACAUUCAUUGCCAGGGGCCCAGAAAAUGAGCUGCUCGGAUCUUUUGCUGUUUUACAAUAUGUUUAAUAAAUAAAAAUGUCUCUGAAAUUGGUAAGAAUCAAAGUCUUCUCACUGAUUCUUGGCCUAUUGAUCUUUCCCCAUUUUCUCUACUCAG